AAAAAAAAAAAAAACAGAUUGUGGUGUGAACACUUCCGCUCUCUGUCCUGUGUUUAACGCUCAACAAAAAGUGUUUCCUGACUGAAGCAGAGCCACGGCUCAGUGUGAGCAUUCAGCAUGAGGAUUAUACAGCUUCAGUUCUAUCUGCUUGUGUGCUGUGGAGCUGCAGAAUGUUUCACAGAGAAGUCUGUAAAUUUGGGAGAAGAUGUGACCCUAAAGUGUGAGGUGUCUGUUAAAGAUGUGUUCUGGUUCCUGAUGAAGCCGUCAGAACCUCCAGUGUUUAUAUUACGCUCUUAUUCAAGUAAAACUGUGGACGCUCAUUACAGUAACACAACCUUCAGGAAGAGAUUCUCAGUGCAGUAUAACAGCAGUUUAUUUAUACACAAUAUCAGUACUAAAGAAUUAGGAGUCUAUUAUUGUAUUCAAACUCAACCUGCUUCACUUCCCGGCAUCAGCAGUGGAAUCAGACUUUACAUCCAGAAUCAGACAGCUGGAAAUCAGUCCAAAACCACAGACGCUGAACAGCCGCAGAAUCAGACGACCAAUAAAUCUGAUGUGAUCAGUCCCUGGUCAGCUUCUUUAAUUAUGUCAGUAAUAAUGAACUGCGCUCUGGCUCUCGUGGUUACAGUUUUUAUAGUCCAUCACUGCAGAAGAUCUCCAAACACCCAAACGCAGCCUCCUGGUUUACAGCAGCAGCAGGACAACAGCGUCCCUGUGGUAUAUACACAAAAUACACAAAAUUAUGCCGAGGUGCAGUACAGCAGGACGAAUGGAUGCGUCGUGACGACUAACAUCAACAGCACAUACGCUCUUCUGCAGGCCCCGAACCCGGAGUUACCUCAGACAGAAGGGUGACCUCACACAGCUCACAGGGACUUUAUUUGCUGUUUCCCUUAAAUCCUUGAAGAAUACCCAUUUUUUUAAGCUACUGAUUUGUGACGGACAAUUCACUAAUGAUUCAUUUGUGAAAUCAGAUGAAUCAAUUCACAAGCACAAACAAAUCUUUACUUUCUUCUUUUUUUUUUCUUAAAGCCUAAUCUUUAUAAUCUAAAGUUUUAUAUUUAUAUUUAUAAUGCUUUUUGGAUGUGGAUCGUGUUUGGAUGUGAAUCAAAAACCUAAAGAGAUUUGAAAGAAUCAAAUCACUAAAGUGACUUGGUGGACUGAAUUGAGUCAUGUUUAGUCAGUGUUCUGCCUAGAAAGUCAGCCACUUUAACAAGCAUUUAAAAAGCAGGGGGGAAAAAGUUUGUUGUUACGAGACUUUUUGUCGUUGUUUGCCGUCUUGCUGGCCGAGAGAUUCCCAUAAUGCACUUGAAAGUGUUUCAGAUUUAAUGCAGUGUUUAGAGGUGUUUUUUUCUCUCAGAAGGUGACAUUAAUAUGACUGUGAAAUGAAAUAAAGUGAAAAAUCGGAAUCUUUAGCCUGACUGUUCGACUGAUUAGCGCAUUAACCAGCUACUAGUGCUGAUUAAAGUGAUCGUGCUCGCGUCUCGUCAUCUAUCACAAGCCCCAUGAACAUUUAAAAAAAAAAAUGAGUCGAAUGUAUCUGGAGACAGAAUUGAGUGGUGCGUUUUAGUCACAGUGAUGCUUCCUGUCAUCCAUACACAUGGAUGAAAUCUAAGAACAGCGGCAUCCAAGCGGCCAUUUUGGACAAACUGGAAUGGAAAAAUUUCCAUUCAAGACGCAGAAUCGGUGAUUACACACAUGUGGUACUUUAGGAUACGUUUCACAAGCUCCGCCCUCAAAGACUGAUUAAAUUGUAUCAGAAAGCUGGUGGUGAAUGAUGAUCUAUUCUGAACUAGCUUUUCUGCAGCAGAAUAUUACAAUUUUACAAGAGCUUUUGUUUCAAAGUGGAGCUUGAUUAUACCAUUUUCAUUUGUAGGUUAAAUAUAUUGUUAGCUUGUUAAACCAAAGAAGCAGCUGAUCCAUGACAUGGGGGGGGGUCAUGUGACUUUUUUAUGCAUUAGCAAGGUCGUAUGUUCUAACCAAACUGAUUUAUUAAUAAAAGUAAAUAUAACAUACUGUAACCUUUAAAUAAAAAACAAUGACCUUUCUUGCAGGGAUCAAGAUAAACAUCUGUUAUAAGGGUGUUCUUAGCUGCUAAGAAAAAAAAUCACACAUUGGGUUUGUGCAACAUGCUGAACAUUGUUUCCUUGUCUGUGGUUUUGCACCCUUAGCACUGGGUGAGAUUAUGACAUGAAAGCCUACUAGCCUUCGCGUAAGUGGCAGGGAGAGAAUUGUGUGAUUUGUGGCUGACUUGCAUCAAGUCCCAUUUUUUGCAACAAAAAAAAUUAUAAUUUUCGUAGAUUUUCAAGUUAGUUUUUAUUUCUGUUUAACAAAUUAAUGAUUUUUUUCCCAUGUUUUAAAGUUUAGUUUUCAACACAUUAUGACCCAUAACCCAGAAAGCAGCCUUCUUGCAUUUCACAGUCAUAUGAUUCAACCACAAAGUGUCCAACGAUGGCAGGGUGUGUGUGUGUGUAUGUGUGUGUGUGUGUGUGUGUGUGUGUGUAUGUUUGUGUCUGUAUGUGUGUGUAUGUGUGUGUGUGUGUGUGUGUGUAUGUGUGUGUGACAUCUCAGUAGGAACUCUCUAUUCACACUAACAGACAAAGAUCAAUUCCUUAGAAGUGACGACUGCCUGGAAAGUUUUGUCCUCUGCAAUUAAUUUCAACAGCAGUUUUGUCUGCAGUCACAAUGUCAUCCUACAACAAAGUUCCCUUUUUCACAGUAAACAGUGCAUGUGACAGUGACAAGUGACCUUUGCUCUGAACCACAUUCACACAGUCAGUAAAAUUUAUUUAUAAAAUCAUAUUGUGGGUGGAGGCGUAAGAAAACUUUCUAACCAGCUACAUUUGACUGUGUACUUUGAAUAUUUCCAAAUAAAAU